CUUGAAAUUCCACACUUUGUCGACAAUUAAUUCCUCAACUCUUCCCUUACCUUCCCUUACCUUCGCUUGUCAGUAGCCAAGUCAAGAUGAAGUCUAACGCGGAUAUUGAGUCUCAGGCCCCGACUGUCCUCGACGACUCGAGCGAUCGCAAAUCAGAAAAGUUCGAGAACGGCUCACCCGAGAAUGGAUAUACUUCGGAUCCGACGUCAGAGCGAGCUGAGAACACGCCUCCCUCUGGCCCUGAUCCAAACGCGUUCCCGGAUGGAGGUUUUGAGGCAUGGUUCUGCAUUGCUGGUGGAUUUUGUACAGUUUUCUCCAGUUUUGGUUGGGUGAAUUGUAUUGGUGUUUUCCAGGACUAUUAUCAAGCCAACCAACUCGCAGCGUAUACGCCUAGCGACGUAGCAUGGAUACCGGCAGCAGAGUCAUUCAUGCUUUUCUUCCUCGGUUUAAUUUCUGGCAAAGUAGCUGACAACUAUGGCCCUCGAUGGCCACUGCUUUUCGGAUCCAUUCUGCACGUUUUGGGAAUGAUGAUGAUCUCGAUAUCUAAAGAGUACUACCAAUUCUUCCUUGCCCAGGCCAUAUGCAGUGGAAUUGGAACCAGUUUUCUAUUUUAUCCUACUAUUGCUGCGGCUGGGACUUGGUUCAAGAGACACCGAGCGUUAGCAUUCGGUAUUAUGGUCUCUGGAUCUAGUCUCGGCGGUGUGGUGCUUCCAAUCAUGGUCCAACACUUGAUUGUAGAGGUCGGCUUUGGAUGGGCAAUGCGUAUUGUUGCCUUCCUAAUCCUUGGACUUUUGAUCUUUGGCAAUAUUGCCGUCAAGUCCCGUCUCCCCCCUGUCCGAAAGCCCUUCACUAUUAAGGAAUAUUUUGUUCCCUUUACCGAGUUACCGUUCCUACUUCUCGCCGUUGGUUCCUUCUUUGUCUACUUCGGCGCUUUCCUCCCGUUCAACUUCAUUAUUGUUGAGGCGAAGGAAUCAGGCAUGUCGGCCGACCUUGCGAACUAUCUUGUUCCAAUCAUUAAUGCGGCAAGUAUUUUCGGAAGAAUCUUCCCAGCUCAUCUUGGAGACGUAUAUGGAGUCUUCAACGUCUGCAUUAUCUUCACGCUUUUCUCUGGAAUCAUCACUCUUGCUCUGUGGCUACCAGCGGCCGCGGUUGCUCCAAUUAUCGUCUAUGCGGUGCUGUACGGAUUCGCUUCGGGAUUAACUCUGGCGAUCAUCCCCGCACUUGUGGCUUCCAUAUCUGAUAUCCAGAAGUUGGGCUUCCGAGUUGGCACACUAUAUGCUUUCUCCUCAUUUGGUGCCUUAUUUGGCAGCCCUAUCGCUGGAGCCAUUGUGACUGCCCAGGGCGGCUCUUAUUCUGGUCUCAAGAUCUUCUGUGGUAUCUCACUGCUUGUGGGUGGCGCGGCCAUUAUUAUCUCGCGUGUUAUAUUGGUAGGUCCUGGACUGCUGGUCAAGAAAUAAGGAUUAUGUCCAGAUCUGCAUAGGUUAGAUAAGGGACAUUUGGGGUAGUCCUCAUAAAAGACGGAGAUGUAGGGGAGAGUUAAGGAAUAUUUAUUUUACUACAUUAAAGCGACAUAUAUCCAACUAGAGCAUAAUAAGGCUUAGGGUAGAGGGCUAUGCAUAUAGGGCGGCAUAGUAUAAUUUAAAUUGUUUGGAAUUUAGUUUA